UAAUAUAGUCUAUGGUCGGCCUCCAUUAGUCUGUGUCUCUACCUCAGUCAGUGUCAGAGUCAGGCGCUUUUCUGCAGUUAUCAAAGUUGUUUGUUGUUAUUAUUAUCGUUAUUUGUGGUUAUUCACUAAACAGUGUAGUAUGGGUCGUAGAAAAUCUAAAAGAAAACCGGCACCUAAAAGGAAAGCUAUAGAACCUUUGGAUCAACAAUUCAACUGUCCUUUUUGCAAUCACGAAAAAUCUUGUGAUGUGAAGAUGGAUAAGGGCAGAAAUACAGCAAGAAUAACUUGUAGGGUAUGCUUGGAAGAUUUUCAAACAACAAUCAACUUUUUGUCAGAUCCGGUAGAUGUUUACAAUGAUUGGAUAGAUGCUUGCGAACAAGCAAACUGAUUUUCAUAGUUUUUUUGAAAUAUGUCUAUAAUUGCCGAUCAGUUGGAUCAUCUAUUUAAUGAUGACUGUGAUAUUUGGAUAAAUACUAUGUAUUGACAUGGAAUGAAAUGUACCCAAGCUAUUGAAGUUUGAUGCUCUGCAAUAUAUAUGUCUUUAAUUUAAAAAAAAAAUUGAAUUUUCAUUUGUUUCAGGGCUAUAUAUUUUUAUUUACUUUUUACCAGUAAAUUUUACUUUUUAUGAUGAAUUCCUAUCGAGAAAAAUUUUUUUCAUUUGCUCUUCACCAUUAAUCAAGUUUUCAAACUGAUAUAUUACCAUUAGUUGAUUUAAUAAUAAUUAUUGUCAUUAAUAAAUGUAAUUGAAGCUGUAAUAAUGUUUUUCUCAUAGAUUAAAGUGUUCAAGAAAAUCUA